AUGACUUUUUACUUCAAGGUCCCGGAGAAGCAAUCGGUCAUGGAGCCCUACUUCGAUGUCGGGGACUACCACAUGACUAUAACUACCAAGAGCACAGAAGCUCAAACGUGGUUUAACCGCGGACUGGUCUGGACGUACUCGUUCAAUCAUGAAGAAGCUUGUAGAUGCUUCCUGCAAUGCAUUGCCCACGACUCUGACUGCGGCAUGGCGUAUUGGGGAUUUUCCUAUGCCUCAGGACCUAACUACAAUAAGACCUGGGCUAUGUUCGACCGCGAUGAUCUUGCCAAAGCCUUUCCAAGGUGUCAUAAAAUUGCCCAAAUGGCAUUGAGCAAGAUCAGCCACGUCUCACAACUUGAAAAGGCGUUGAUCGAGGCAUUACAAAAGCGUUAUCCCUCCACCGAGAUCCCCAACGAUUUCGACCCGGCCAACAAAGCAUACGCAGAUGCCAUGAGGGGGGUCCACAACACGUACAAAGACCACCUCGACGUUGUGGCUUUGUUUGCCGACGCUCUGAUGAACUGGAAACCGAGAAAGAUGUUCAAUAUCAAGACGGGUAAGCCCAUCACCUCAUCACCUGUCUUUGAGGUACGUGAGGUCUUGGAGCGAGGCAUGGCCAUGCCAGGUGGCCAGCGUCAUGCCGGCAUCUCUCAUCUGUAUAUUCAUCUAAUGGAGAGGUCGGAUGAACCUGAAGCUGCCCUGCCGGCUUGCGAUAUCAUCCGAGAUCUCAUUCGCGAUGCCGGCCACAUGUACCAUAUGCCGACGCAUAUUGAUAUACUAGUCGGCGAAUACGGCCGCUCCAUUUCGUAUAACCAUAAAGCCACUCUCGCAGAUGACCGAUACUUUGCUAAGUACGGCGGUAUCAACUUCUACAGCUUCUAUCGACUUCAUGAUUAUCACUCGCUUAUCUAUGCCUGUAUGCUGGCAGGGCAAAAAGAGGAGUCCUUGAAGGCUUGCGACCGUAUGGAAGCAACCAUUACCGAGGAGAUGCUUACAGUCAAGUCUCCUCCUAUGGCUGACUGGCUCGAAUUCUUCCUUGCUGUUCGUAUCCAUAUUUACAUCCGGUUCGGGAUGUGGCAAGAGAUCCUUGAUCUAGGUAUCCCCGAGAAUAAAGAGCUCUACUGUGUAACUACAGCUAUGACCUACUAUGGAAAAGGAAUCGCGUAUGCCUCACUCAGUAAGGUACAGGAAGCUGAUGCUCAGCGCCUUCUCUUCCGCGAAGCCGCCAGGCGCGUGCCCGACUCCCGCCUCGAUUAUCCUAACCGUAUAGUCGAUGUGCUAAGGGUAGCUACGGCUAUGCUAGACGGAGAAAUUGAGUACCGACGUCGGAACUUUGAUGUCGCGUUUGAGGCUCUGAGAGAAGCUAUCAAGGCAGAGGAUGCCCUGAUAUAUACAGAGCCCUGGGGAUGGAUGGUCCCUGCCAGACACCCCUAUGGAGCGCUCUCCCUCGAGCAAGGCAUGGUUGAGCAGGCAGCGACUGCAUAUGCCCAAGAUCUCGGCCUGAUCGAAGGUCUCACCCGAGGCCAUCAGCAUCCAAGGAACGUGUGGGCCCUUCAUGGAUAUUACGAGUGUCUUGUUCGUCUAGAAAGAGCUGCAGAGGCUAUUGCUAUUAAGAACCUACUCAACUGGACGGCUCCGUACUUCUGCAAGAUUGCUGACCCUCAUCCCAUCACGACCAGCCGUUUCGAUGGGUUCAAGUCCCACCAGGCUGCUUCGUUUACCAGCUUCCUUUGGGACGUCACAUUGACUUUGUAG